AUGUGCAUAUACACAUUAUCUCUGAUAGCGAUCCUCUUGAUCUAUGUGAUAUUCGAAGUGAAGGAGUUUGCGUACAGUUUCGAAUCGCUCUGCUGCUUCUUUCUCAUGUUCCUGCUUUACGGUCUCUGCGCUGUUCUUUGGGCUUACGUUCUUCAGCGACGAUUUGACGUGGCUGCAUUGUCAUUCGUAUUGAUCUCAAUCGGCACAUUCUUUGUUGGUAUCGUCGCAACUCUGACGGUUAUUCUCAUCGAGCAACUAAUGCGAGAGGAUCCUACUCUGAUUGGUCCGCAUACGAUAUGUUCGACAGUAUUUCUAAUACUACCGCAGUACAAUCUGGGAAUGGCAAUAUUUCGUGGCAGUUUCGUAUUCCAACUGGUUCAACUUGGCGAAAACUUUCUUAGAGAGCUGAAUCGACCUGAUCUCUUCUCUUCGCUGCCUAUACCGUCUCUCCUUCAGUGGUCGCUAAUGGGCAUACAUUGUGCAUGUCUAGUAGCCCAUAUUGUACUAGCAGCUCUAGUGCUUUUCAUUCUCGAACGAGAACCAUUCGGAUUUUUGAGAAGGUGGGAACAAAUUCGUACUCGUCGCCUACUGGAAAACUCUAGGAGUGCUGUCGAUGAGGAUGUGAUUGCUGAGCAGCGAAAAGUAGACGAACUGGAAGAGUCCGGCGAUAAUCCUCUAGUAGUCAAAGAUCUGGCCAAGGCAUACACCAAGACGGCCCUUGCGGUACGUAAUGUGUCGUUUGCUGUGGAUCAGGGCGAAUGCUUCGGUCUGCUAGGACUUAAUGGUGCUGGAAAAACGACCACUUUUGCCAUUUUGACGCAGAAGAUUAGGCCAGGAUUCGGAGCUGUACACAUUCAUGGAAGGAGUAUGGUAAUUGGCGAUCGAUCAUCGUUUGAUCAAGUUGGCUACUGUCCACAGUUCGAUGCCCUGAAUAUGAAGUUGACAACCACAGAGAACAUCGAGCUAUUUGCCAGAAUCCGUGGUGUCCCUGAGAAGCACAUAAAACCGCUCGUCACGCAACUUCUCGUUUCACUACAUCUCAAGGCCUACUCGUCAACAGUCACGGCAGCGCUUUCAGGUGGUAAUAGAAGAAAGGUGUCCGUUGCGAUAGCUUUGAUCAACCAUCCAUCGCUUAUACUCCUUGAUGAGCCUUCGGCUGGAAUGGACCCGGGUUCACAGCAAUUCCUGUGGAAGGUGAUCGAUAGAUUGCGGAAAUCGGGAAAAGCUGUUGUAAUUACCUCACAUUCGAUGGAAGAAUGUGAAGCUCUGUGUACACGAAUAGCCAUCAUGGAUCGCGGCCAGCUUCGAUGCAUUGGAAGCAAGCAACAUCUUAAAAACAAAUUUGGUGAAGGUCAUUCCCUUACGGUAAAAAUGACCAGUCAGAAUGAUGCGUUACUGGCGGCUAAAUUUGUCCAGAGCCAUCUAAAAGGAGCUAAAAUGGAGUCUGUCCACUGUUCAACCGUAUUUUUCCAUAUCGUUCGAGAAGCUUCUAGUAUUUCUGAUAUUUAUCGGGUUGUCAAUCAGUUGAAGAGAGAGUUCUCGGUCGAGGAUUUCUCGUUGUCCCAGUCGACGCUGGCUGAAGUUUUCCAUUCGUUGGCGAUGCAGUCAACUGCCAGCGCUUCUGUAUCGUCCGGUCCGACUGCUUCCACAGCCGAAACCGAUCUUACCGAUUAA